GAUUAGUUUUCCUAAGUAGCUAGCUACAUCACUUUUUUCUUCCAAAAACUGUGCUUCCUAAACUGUACUGUGCCUGCAGUCCUGCUGGUAUAUCAUUAUAAAUCAGAUAAACUCAUGAUCUUAAUUAUAUUCCUUGAAUAAUAUAUUUUGAAGUGAUAGGCUAAAUGAUGGGGAGAUCACCAUGCAGCGAUGAAAACGGCCUAAAAAAAGGGCCAUGGACACCUGAGGAAGACAAGAAGCUUGUUGAUUACAUACAAUUACAUGGACAUGGAAGUUGGAGAGCUCUUCCUAAACUCGCUGGCUUGAACCGCUGUGGCAAAAGCUGCAGGCUUCGUUGGACUAAUUACCUUCGUCCUGAUAUCAAACGCGGCAAAUUCUCUGAUGAUGAACAGCAAACCAUCAUUAACCUUCAUUCUAUUCUUGGCAACAAGUGGUCUGCAAUAGCGACCCAUCUUCCGGGAAGAACAGAUAAUGAGAUAAAAAACUUUUGGAACACCCAUUUGAAAAAGAAGCUUUUACAGAUGGGUAUUGAUCCUGUAACUCACAGGCCAAGAACAGACCUUAACUUGCUAGCUAACCUCCCUCAGUUGCUAGUUGCUGCUAACCUUAGCAAUAGUCUGAUGAUGAAUAACACGAGUACUAUUAAUGGUAUUCCCUCGACUUUAGAAGAUACACUCAGACUUAUAGACUCGGAUCCUACACAGCUCGCCAAAAUCCACAUAUUACACAACAUGUUACAGGUUUUAAGCCAAACUAGCAGUAAUGACACACCAUCUGUUUGCGCUCAAAUUACCAAUCUGCUUUGUAAUUCAACCUUGCCUUUUCAAAACCGAUUGAAUCAUAACAACGACCUGAUUACUGGUGCGCUUAGUCAGCUUCCUGGCUCUUUGGUUUCGAGUGGCUUUGAAACACCAGAUAUUAUUCAACAGUUUGGUUCGAAAAACGUGUGCCAAAGUAGUAGUAAUGAUGAUAAAGAAAUUGGUGGGGAAUUUCUGACAGCUGAUAGUUUAAUGCCUGGGUUAGUUCCAGCCUCACCAGAUCACUGCAGUAGCAAGCUGAUUAACCGAAAGGUUGACUGUACUAUAAUGUCGUCAAAUCCUUCAUCGGCCACAGCUGCUACUGCAGAUCCCUUUGAAAUUGCUGUUGGUAAUUGGAGUAGUGACCUUAUUGAUGUGCCUGCACACUCUUACUGGACAGACAUCAUUGACCAAGCAUCAUCUCCGUCCUGGCCUAUCUCAUCGUAGAGCUUGCAAGUUUUGGCAGAUUAUUAUAUUCAGAAAGAACCAGUUUCAUGGAGAAUUAUAUACUUAGAUUAUUGUAUAUUGGCAUUACAAUGGACAAAGUAUUAUUGCAAUUAAAUACAAUAAUUGAGUUUUCUUGUAUAAUAGCUUUGCUGCAUGCUACAGUCUUCUCUUUGCUGUAAUACAUGUACGUGGUUGUAGAUGAACACGAUUAUUUUCAUAUUUUAAGUCUUUUUGGAGUUUUUGUUCAUUUUCGUUGCUAGGAAAAUUGUAUUUUUCAUAAAAAAAAAUUGAUUAUAGUAGACUGUAAUUCUAUAA